AUGGCGCCUUCUUCCAGAUCGGCCUCCCACAACCUGGGACAGGUCGUCGAAUACAUCCCUGACCGCCUCUACCUCGCCGCUUACAUCCAUCCUCCCACGGCCGACACACUCUUCCCCUACCCUGAGCCUCUGCAGUCCCCGAGGAAGAGGUCGCAACGCGCUGCUGAGGGCCCCAAGCCUGUUUCCGGCACCCCCAAGCCGGCGCCCUUCUACUUCACCGUUGACGACACCCUCCUGUACAACGCUUUCCACCACGACUUUGGCCCGCUCCACAUUGGCCAUUUGUACCGCUUUGCGCUGCACUUUCACGAUGUGCUCGGUGCCAAGGAGAACAAGGACCGGCCCAUUGUCUUCUGGAGCCGGGCUGACCCGCGCAGCCGCGCCAAUGCUGCUUGCAUGCUCGCGUGCUACAUGGUCCUCAUCCAGGGAUGGCCGCCUCACCUGGCCCUUGCGCCCAUGGCCCAGGUCGACCCUCCUCUGAUGCCCUUCCGUGACGCCGGAUACAGCCAGGCUGAUUACGGCAUCACUGUGCAGGACGUUGUCUACGGUGUCUGGAAGGCCAAGGAGGAGGGGUGCUGCGCUCUCGACAACUUUGACCUCGACGAGUACGAAAAGUACGAGAGGGUCGAGCAUGGUGACUUCAACUGGAUCUCGCCCAGCUUCCUCGCCUUCGCCUCCCCUCAACAGACCCCCAUCGCCAAGAUCCCCGAGGGGACCCCAGAGUGGGAUAAGCUGCCCACCACCAUCGCCGAGGUCGAUGCUCACGCCACGCUACCUGUGCCUUUCAAGAAUGUUCUCAAGCACUUCAGCGAAAGGGACAUCGGGCUCGUCGUCCGACUGAACUCACAACUUUACUGCCCCUCGUACUUUGAGGCGCUGGGCAUCCAGCACCUCGACAUGAUCUUUGAUGAUGGUACGUGCCCGACCAUGCCGACGGUUCGCAAAUUCAUCCGACUCGCUCAUGAGAUGAUCACCGUCAAGAAGAAGGGCAUCGCUGUCCACUGCAAGGCUGGUCUCGGAAGGACAGGCUGCUUGAUCGGUGCCUAUCUGAUCUACCGCCACGGCUUCACGGCGAAUGAGGUCAUUGCCUUUAUGCGCUUCAUGAGACCGGGCAUGGUUGUCGGGCCCCAGCAGCACUGGUUGCACAUUCACCAGGGCACAUUCCGUGAGUGGUGGAUUGAGGAGCGCGUCGAACGCAAGUUGAGGAAGGAGAUGGCGGCCGCCGCCCAUGCCACACCCAGCACACCCAUUCGUGCCAUGCAAAAGGCUUCGCUCCGUAACCCCCAGGCAACGACGCCGUCUCCCCAGCGAAGUGCCUCAAACCGUACUCCCCUCAGCGAGGUCAACGAUGAGCGCGGUAAUGUUGCCGUUCACGAGGACUACCUCCCCGCCCCUACACCAGGCCAGCCACGCAAAACCGGCCGUGCUGACCGCCACCACCCUUACUCGCGUGCCCCUUCAUACUCGGCCACACUCGAGGAGGAAGGCGGCGUCGAGCACGAGACUGAGGUCCUCUCGGUUCACAGGCGAUCCAACGCCGGCGAGUCGGAUGAGGAGAUUCACCUCCGCAUGCGUGCGCACCGCAAACCUUCCGAGUCACCAAGCCGUUCAGAGAAGAUGCGAUCCUACAGCUCGACCACAACAACCGUGUACCACAAGUACAUCGACAACGACUCUACCCACGAUGUCGAGAACAUGGGCAGCCCUGCCCGCGUCAAGGCAAUGGACCGUGAGCGCGCUAGCAGUGCGUCGGGCAUCCUGACCAAGGUCCGCAGCAGCAAGCGUGGCACCGAGUCACCUCUUCGCUCCAAGGAUGGCGUCCGCAAGACCAGCGGCCGUGUCGGCAGCAUCAGCGGCGCCCCGUCCUCAGCAACGGCGCGGAAGGUUUCCAACGGCAUCUAG